GGAAUAGAUAACCAGGAGUCUGUCCUGUCCCGUGGCUCUGCUGGCAGAAAUGAUAUUAUUGAUGGGAAAAGUGUCAAUUUGUACGACGAGAAUGGAAACUUUAAAAGUUUCGAUAUCCAGGAAAAGCCGUCUAGCUACCUAGUCAGGAACGGAGGUUGGGUAAUCUACUCGAGUGCAAAUCUUAAAGGAAAAGCUAUGUAUCAUUACGAUGGUGAAUGCUUCAGUAACGACCCUGCUAACCCAAAAGGUCCAAAACUCCGAACCUGGCAGGAACCUAUUGGUUCUAUCCGACCCAUCCGUGGGAUGGAUUGUACAUCUCUCCGGGUAGUUGUUACAAUGGACUGGGCAAACUUGAAGGCUGAGCACAAGAUGGAAGUUGUUGAAACUAAUGAGGCUAAAAAUACUAAGUUUGAAUAUGAAGUUCCCUCUUGGCAAAGAAUUAAGGAUGUUUCUUCGUUCGUGUCUCAUACAUUUCAGCUUUCUGAACCAGUGAAAGGAUGUACCGGAGUGACAUUCCAACUAGAGAACGUUCCUAAAUCUGGAAUUCCGUUUACUACUUCUGGAACUAUCAUGGAGACAGGAACAGAUUUCAGGCAAGAGUUGAACAGCUUGAUGACCUUCCAGACGGAGAACAGCGCGUCCAGGAGUAGGGAGAGGAAGGAGGUUAUCAGGUUUCCGCCCUUUCUUCAACCUAAAACACAAACAAAGGUGAGCAUAGUUGUGCAUAGUGGAGUUAUAACGAUACCAUUCUCUGCUAACUUUACUUCCGGUAACUCAGCUUGGACUGUUACUGGAGUUUAUACUGGUAUAGACGCUACACAAGUUAAACUUGACUUUCAAGAGACAAGUUUGUUGGAAGGAAACAGGAAAGCUUCCAGGAUGAACUUAGCCUAGAUAAUGAUAGCCCCAUGCAGUCCUAGUUCUAAUCUAGUCCUAUUUUAUGAUAGUCCCAUGCAGUCCUAGUUCUAAUCUAGUCCUAGAUAAUGAUAGUCCCAUGAAGUCCUAGUUCUAAUUUAGUCCUAGAUAAUGAUAGUCCCAUGCAGUCCUAGUUCUAAUUUAGUCCUAGAUAAUGAUAGUCCCAUGCAGUCCUAGUUCUAAUCUAGUCCUAGAUAAUGAUAGUCCCGUGCAAUCCUAGUUAUAAUCUAGUCCUAGAUAAUUCUAGUCUCCGUCCUAGUUGUAAUCUAGUACUAGAUAAUACUAUUCUCCGUCUUAAUUCAAUUUUAGUCUUAGAUAAUAAUAAUCUAGUCAUAGUUCUAGUCCAAAUCCUAUUCCUAAUCCUAAUGUUAGUCCUAAUCCUAAUUUUAGUCCUAGUUCUAGCCUUAUUUCUUGCCUAGUUCUAGUCCUAAUCCUAAUUCUAGGUCUAGUUCUAGUUCAAGUUUUAGUCCUAAUUCUAAUUCUAGUUCUAGUUCUAGUUCUAGUCCUAGUACUAAUCUUAGUUCUAGUCCUCGUCCUUAUCCCCUAAUCUUAAUCCUAAUCUUUAUUUUAGUUCUUUUCCUUAUUAAUCCUAAACAAAUUCAUUCAGUCCUUCUUGGUUAGCAUUAUUUUAUUUUUUAUAUUGAUAUGCAAACUAGUCAGACAAAGUCUUCUCUAGAGUUGGUUUCAAUAUCAAUGUUCUAAUUGUUCUUCGAAAAAUCUAAACUCUACGACUUUGCUGAUACAGAAAAGUUAUUUUCUUUUCAUGUUCAGUUUUUAAUAAAGUUUUUGUUUGAGAAAUACCAGAAAUGUUUCCAGAAAUAAUAAUCCCUCCCUCCCUCCUCCCCCCCAUUCACUUUAUAUUUUUAUUCUUCAUUUUUAUGUUUUUUGUCUUGUUUAGGGUGUUAAUGUAAAACAUUCGCCUAUAAAUAGUACUUUUCGGUAAGUUUUGAAUUCAUUUUAUUUUUAAAAAGUAAAAUGUUUUCACCGUUAUUUUAGUAGUUUAGAUAAUAAAGAACAAAUAUUGAUUUUUGUGAAAUAAAAUAUUUGAUGAA